AUGAGCACAUCUCCGAACAGCUUUACUAACGAAGAGUUAUCUAAACUAUAUAGAGCCAAGUGUAAUGACACAAAUACCAAGGAAAGUGAAAGAGGAAAGACUCUUUUCAUUCGCAAUUAUUCGAAAUUACAAUUUAACAAGUCAAUCAACUUUGCAAAUGCAGGUUUUGGUUCAGAAUCAUUCACAAAACUUCUAAAUAUCAUUCCUACUCAUCCAACAAUAAGGGUACUUAACCUUUCUGGAAAUUCAAUUGGACAAAAUUCUGUCUCAUUAUUAUCAAGAUAUAUUUCUAAUAAUAAAGAUUUGAUACAAUUAGAUGUUUCAUCAUGUAAUCUAAAUGAUCAGAGUUGCGCAAUUUUAUUUGAAUCAUUAAAAUUUAAUAAAUCUUUGAUAGAAUUAUCAAUUAAAUCCGAUUCAACAAUUGGAAGGAACUCAAUUGGAGAAAAAGCAUCUUAUAAAUUAGCUGAAAUGCUCCAAUGUAACAAAGUUUUAUCAACUCUAAAUAUUGAAAACUGUGAAAUCAUAGAAAAGACGAUUAUGACGAUAGCCGAUGGAAUUUCAAAGAAUAGCACGAUCAGUUCUCUUAUUUUAUCUCAUAAUAAUAUUAAAUCGAAAGGAAUUUCGUAUCUUCUUGGCAAAAUCAACGAAAGUAAGAUAACUGAGCUGUAUUUAUCAUCUUGUUCCUGUGGAAAUGAUAAUAGCAAUGCGUUUUCAAAAUUAUUUGCAAAUAAUCGAAAUAUUAAAAUUCUUGACAUCUCACAUAAUGCAUUCACAGAGAAAUUCCUCAAAAAUAUAGCAAUCUCAUUAGAGCAGAGCACAGUUGAAGUACUUAUUCUUUCGCACAAUGAUUUUUCAAGAGGAGAUUUAAUUUAUUUAGCAGAUCCUCUUAUACACACUCCAAUAAGAUUGAUCAAUUUAACAAAAUGCAGCCUUAAUGGCAAGGAUUUGAAGAGAUUCAACAAUUUCUUUAGAGAAAAUCAAACUUUGCAAGAAUUCAUUGCAGAUCAUAAUAAUUUUUAUUCAUAUGAUGGUAUCGCAUUAGCAGAGUUUGUUCAGUCAAAUCCAUCGCUCAGAUACCUUUCUUUCAAUCAAUGCGAAAUGGAAGAUAAAAAUUUUGAGCCAAUGUUCAAAAUUAUGCAAGAUCAAUGUUCAAUCACAAGAUUAUCUCUUGUUUCAAACUCGAUAAAGAAAUCUGAACCAAUUAUUAAGAUUUUAGAAAAAAAUAAAAAUAUUAUUAAAUUUGAUUUGGAAAAGAAUGAUAUCAAUUAUCAAGAAGUUGUCCAGAUAGAAAAGAUGAUCAGCGGCAAUCGCAAAAAACAAUAUAGUUUUAAUAAUAUUAUUGAUUUAACUCCAGAACUCUGCAAUCUUAGGGGAGAAAUAACACACCAAAGAGGAAAACUUAGUUCACUGAAAGAGAAGAGAGAAUCUCUUGAAAAUGAUGCAGAAAAGGCAAAAGAACAAUUGAUAGAUGUCAAAAAACUUGAAAAUGAGCUUGAAAUGAAAGCAAAGCAACUUGCAGCAGAUUUUGAAGAACAUGCACAACAAAUAGAUCAAGUAAUUUGGGAGAAGGAAGUUGUAGAUACAAAUUAUGUUCAGCUUUGUGCACAGUUUGAUGCAGAAGUUGCAAGACAGGAUCAUCUCGAAACAAUGUUGUAUAACUUAAACAAGGAAAUCAAAAUAAAACAGAAUCAAACUGAAGAAGAGAUGAAGCAAAUCGUGGCUGAUCUCUCUCUCAAAAUGCUCGCAUAUGUUCAAGCGAAAGACAAAUUUAUGGAGACUUGGGAAGUUUCACAUCCAAAGAAACCAAAAACAACAAAGAAGAAAAAGAAGAGUUCUGCAGGUAUCAAGAAAGUUCCAACAAGAAUUGCAGAUACUGGUAUUUUGUUAAAGCCAAUCAAGAAAUAA